CCCGGAAGGCCCAGGCGCCGCCCACCACGGCAUCAGUUUGGCGGAGCCGGAAGACCUGAAGCGGCGGUUGGAGGCGCUCGCGGAGAUUAUCCUUUCCCCAGAUCUGCCAGGAUGUCUGGUCACAACUGGAGCCAGAAGACGCAAACAAGGAGGGAGGAAGAGGAGGAAGAGGAGGAGGAAGAUCCUUUUGACCAGAUGAUCCAGCGGACGGGCUGCGCCACUUUCCACUACGCCGUGAUGGAGUGCAUGGCAGAACACCAGGACUGGCGCAAGUGCCAAGAACAAGUGCAGAGUUUCCGGGCCUGCAUGACGGAACAUCAGAAGCAGCGAGCGGAAGAGGUCAAGAGGAGGCAGAAGCUGCACCAGGCCGCCAGCUGACCGAAGGGUAGCGCAGGGGAGCCCGCUGGACUCCCAAAGCUUCGGAGCAACGCGAGCCCAGCAAGGGAUGGCUAUGCAGGACGAAGCCAUCAUCAGAGAUUUGGAAAGAGCUAAAUUUUGUAGACCAAAGAUGUGUCUACCGUCAGACCCGUUAAUGCAAAAAAAAUGGGAGUGGCAUUCUUUUUUUUUUUGCUUUUAAUAGGAAAAAAUGUGAAGCCUCCUGCCAGGAUAAAUGGAAUAUUCUUUUC